ACCAUGCUGGGCGUGUGGGAGUACGGCGUUUGUGGAGUGUGUACCUGAGUGUGUACCAGAGUGACCUUGGCGAGUGUGUCAGCGUGGGCCACAGGAGUGCUCCUGGGAACGAGCGUGAGAGGAGAUUGAGUGUGGGAAUGCGCGUGUGGAAGUUUGUUGAGGUGGAGGUAGUAUCGGCGGAUGUGGGCUCAUAUGUGUGCCCAGCGAGAGUGUGUGUGUGUGUGUGUGUGUGUGUGGAGAGAGAGAGAGAGACAGAGAGAGAGAAUGGGCGAGUGUGGCGCAGUCUGUCAUGACGGGGCAGUGAGGCCCGAGCCCAGGCUGAGCCCAGAGCACACCCGGCGAGGGAAGUGUGGCCGAGGCUCCCACCUGAAGAUUGGCCCAGUCCUCAGGUUUCACUCAUGACCCUGUGACAUCAGCAGCAGCAGCUGUCCCCGCCGGCCCGGCCCCCCGGCCAAGUCCCCCAGAGUUCCAGCCCCAGCCCGAGGUGGGCACGGCGCUCCGGGCUUGUCAGCGACCGCUCUGCUCCCGUCCAAUAGCUGAAGCCACACAGUUCCCGGAGUUUGAGCCCAGGAGGCAGUUGAAGGCACUGGAGCAUUGGCCCCAAGUCCAAAGGCCGAAGAGGAUCUGGUUGGUUUGCUGUCAGUCCUGAGGGCGGCCCACCCCUGCGGGGGUCAGAGUGGUGUCGGGUCCGGGGUGAUGCUCUGGGCCCAGCACCUGUGCAGCAGCAGCACCUGGGCCCUGCAAGUGCGUCCCCCAGCCCCGGCAGGGCCUGCCUGCCCACCUCCCCGCCCAGCCCCCAGGCAGGCCGAAGGUGAGGCGUGGUCAGCAGGCCCAGGGCAGGGUGGCCGCCCAGUGCCCCGGGAGCUGCACACUGCAGCUGCCCUGGCUGCCCGCCGCCUUCCUGGCCCCUGAGCCCAGGAUGCGAGGAUGGCCAGACCGUCUCUGGCAACCGUGGUGCCUCUGGGCCCCGAAUGCCUGCGCCCCUUCACCCGGGAGUCCCUGGCGGCCAUAGAACAGCGGGCAUUGGAGGAGGUGGCGCGGCAGGAGCGGAACAAGCAGAUGGAGAUUGAGGAGCCCGAACGGAAGCCGCGCAGCGACCUGGAGGCCGGCAAGAACCUGCCCCUCAUCUACGGGGACCCCCCGCCGGAGGUCAUCGGCAUCCCCCUGGAGGACCUGGACCCCUACUACAGCGACAAGAAGACCUUCAUCGUGCUCAACAAGGGCAAGGCCAUCUUCCGCUUCUCGGCCACGCCUGCCCUCUACCUGCUGAGCCCCUUCAGCGUUGUCAGGCGCGGUGCCAUCAAGGUGCUCAUCCACUCGCUGUUCAGCAUGUUCAUCAUGAUCACCAUCUUGACCAACUGUGUGUUCAUGACCAUGAGCGACCCGCCUCCCUGGUCCAAGGACGUGGAGUACACCUUCACAGGGAUCUACACCUUUGAGUCCCUCAUCAAGAUGCUGGCCCGAGGCUUCUGCAUCGAUGACUUCACAUUCCUCCGGGACCCCUGGAACUGGCUGGACUUCAGCGUCAUCAUGAUGGCGUACCUGACGGAGUUUGUGGACUUGGGCAACAUCUCAGCCCUGAGGACCUUCCGGGUGCUGCGGGCCCUGAAAACCAUCACAGUCAUCCCAGGGCUGAAGACCAUCGUGGGGGCCCUGAUCCAGUCGGUGAAAAAGCUGUCGGAUGUGAUGAUCCUCACGGUCUUCUGCCUGAGCGUCUUUGCCCUGGUGGGGCUGCAGCUCUUCAUGGGGAACCUGCGGCAGAAGUGUGUGCGCUGGCCACCGCCCUUCAACGACACCAACACCACGUGGUACGGCAACGACACGUGGUACGGCAACGACACGUGGUACGGCAACGACACGUGGUAUGGCAACGACACGUGGUACGGCAACGACACGUGGUACGGCAGUGACACGUGGUACGGCAACGACAGCUGGGCCAGCAACUACACCUUCGACUGGGACGCCUACAUCAGCGACGAAGGGAACUUCUAUUUCCUGGAGGGCUCCAACGAUGCCCUGCUCUGUGGGAACAGCAGUGAUGCGGGGCACUGCCCUGAGGGUUAUGUGUGCAUCAAGGCCGGGCGGAAUCCCAACUACGGCUACACCAGCUAUGACACCUUCAGUUGGGCCUUCCUGGCUCUCUUCCGCCUCAUGACACAGGACUAUUGGGAAAACCUCUUCCAGCUGACCCUUCGAGCAGCUGGCAAGACCUACAUGAUCUUCUUCGUGGUCAUCAUUUUCCUGGGCUCCUUCUACCUCAUCAAUCUGAUCCUGGCCGUGGUGGCCAUGGCCUACGCUGAGCAGAACGAGGCCACCCUGGCCGAGGAUCAGGAGAAAGAGGAGGAGUUUCAGCAGAUGCUUGAGAAAUUCAAGAAGCACCAGGAGGAGCUGGAGAAGGCCAAGGCCGCCCAGGCUCUGGAAGGCGGGGAGGCAGAUGGGGACCCAGCCCGUGGCUGCAAUGGCAGCGUGGACACAUCACCUGGGGAGAAGGGAGCCCCGAGGCCAAGCGGCAGUGCAGACAGCGCCAUCUCGGACGCCAUGGAAGAGCUGGAAGAGGCCCACCAGAAGUGCCCGCCAUGGUGGUACAAGUGCGCCCACAAACUGCUCAUAUGGAACUGUUGCGUGCCGUGGGUGAAGUUCAAGAACAUCAUCCACCUGAUCGUCAUGGACCCCUUCGUGGACCUGGGCAUCACCAUCUGCAUCGUGCUCAACACUCUCUUCAUGGCCAUGGAACAUUACCCCAUGACGGAGCAGUUUGACAACGUGCUCACCGUGGGCAACUUGGUCUUCACGGGCAUCUUCACGGCAGAGAUGGUGUUGAAGCUGAUCGCCAUGGACCCCUACGAGUAUUUCCAGCAGGGCUGGAACGUCUUCGACAGCAUCAUCGUCACCCUCAGCCUGGUGGAGCUGGGCCUGUCCAACGUGCAGGGGCUGUCCGUGCUCCGCUCCUUCCGUCUGCUGCGGGUCUUCAAGCUGGCCAAGUCGUGGCCGACGCUGAACAUGCUCAUCAAGAUCAUCGGCAACUCGGUGGGGGCGCUAGGCAACCUGACGCUGGUGCUGGCCAUCAUCGUGUUCAUCUUCGCCGUGGUGGGCAUGCAGCUAUUCGGCAAGAGCUACAAGGAGUGCGUGUGCAAGAUCGCCUCGGACUGCAGCCUGCCCCGCUGGCACAUGCACGACUUCUUCCACUCUUUCCUCAUCGUCUUCCGCAUCCUGUGUGGGGAGUGGAUCGAGACCAUGUGGGACUGCAUGGAGGUGGCCGGCCAGCCCAUGUGCCUCACCGUCUUCCUCAUGGUCAUGGUCAUCGGCAACCUGGUGGUCCUGAACCUGUUCCUGGCUCUGCUGCUGAGCUCCUUCAGCGCCGACAGCCUGGCGGCCUCCGACGAGGACGGCGAGAUGAACAACCUGCAGAUCGCCAUCGGGCGCAUCAAGUGGGGCAUCGGCUUCGCCAAGGCCUUCCUGCUGGGCUUGCUGCACGGCAAGCUCCUGAGUCCCAGCGACAUAAUGCUCAGCCUCGGGAGGCCCGGGGGCGCCGAGGAGGCCGGGGAGGCCGGGGAGAGCGCCCCCGAGGACGAGAAGAAGGAGCCGCCGCCCGAGGAGGACCUGAAGAAGGACAAUCACAUCCUGAACCACGUGGGCCUGGCGGACGGCCCUCCCCCCAGCAUCGAGCUGGACCACCUGAACUUCAUCAACAACCCCUACCUGACCAUACAGGUGCCUAUCGCCUCCGAGGAGUCCGACCUGGAGAUGCCCACGGAGGAGGAAACCGACACUUUCUCGGAGCCUGAGGACAGCAAGAAGCCGCUGCAGCCCCUCUACGAUGGCAACUCCUCCGUCUGCAGCACGGCCGACUACAAGCCCCCCGAGGAGGACCCUGAGGAGCAGGCCGAGGAGAACCCCGAGGGGGAGGAGCCCGAGGAGUGCUUCACUGGAACCUGUGUGCAGCGCUACCCCUGCCUCUACGUGGACAUCUCCCAGGGCCGCGGCAAGAAGUGGUGGACCCUGCGCAGGGCCUGCUUCAAGAUCGUCGAGCACAACUGGUUCGAGACCUUCAUUGUCUUCAUGAUCCUGCUCAGCAGUGGGGCCCUGGCCUUCGAGGACAUCUACAUCGAGCAGCGGCGAGUCAUCCGCACCAUCCUAGAGUACGCCGACAAGGUCUUCACCUACAUCUUCAUCCUGGAGAUGCUGCUCAAGUGGGUGGCCUACGGCUUCAAGGUGUACUUCACCAACGCCUGGUGCUGGCUCGACUUCCUCAUCGUGGACGUCUCCAUCAUCAGCCUGGUGGCCAACUGGCUGGGCUACUCGGAGCUGGGACCCAUCAAGUCCCUGCGGACACUUCGGGCCCUGCGGCCCCUGAGGGCGCUGUCCCGAUUCGAGGGCAUGAGGGUGGUGGUGAACGCCCUCCUGGGCGCCAUCCCCUCCAUCAUGAACGUGCUGCUCGUCUGCCUCAUCUUCUGGCUCAUCUUCAGCAUCAUGGGCGUGAACUUGUUCGCCGGCAAGUUCUACUACUGCAUGAACACCACCACCUCCGAGAGGUUCGACAUCUCUGAGGUCAACAACAAGUCUGAGUGCGAGAGCCUCAUGCACACGGGCCAGGUCCGCUGGCUCAACGUCAAGGUCAACUAUGACAACGUGGGUCUGGGCUACCUCUCCCUCCUGCAGGUGGCCACGUUCAAGGGCUGGAUGGACAUCAUGUAUGCAGCCGUGGACUCCCGGGAGCAGGAGGAACAGCCACAGUAUGAGGUGAACAUCUACAUGUACCUCUACUUCGUCAUCUUCAUCAUCUUCGGAUCCUUCUUCACCCUCAACCUCUUCAUCGGCGUCAUCAUUGACAACUUCAACCAGCAGAAGAAGAAGUUUGGAGGGAAAGACAUCUUCAUGACAGAGGAGCAGAAGAAAUACUAUAAUGCCAUGAAGAAGCUUGGCUCCAAGAAGCCGCAGAAGCCGAUUCCCCGGCCCCAGAACAAGAUCCAGGGCGUGGUGUACGACUUCGUGAUGAAGCAGGUGUUCGACAUCACCAUCAUGAUCCUCAUCUGCCUCAACAUGGUCACCAUGAUGGUGGAGACAGACGACCAGAGCCAGCUCAAGGUGGACAUCCUGUACAACAUCAACAUGGUCUUCAUCAUCAUCUUCACGGGCGAGUGUGUGCUCAAGAUGUUCGCCCUGCGGCAGUACUACUUCACCGUCGGCUGGAACAUCUUCGACUUCGUGGUUGUCAUCUUGUCCAUUGUGGGCCUCGCGCUCUCCGACCUGAUCCAGAAAUACUUCGUGUCGCCCACGCUGUUCCGCGUGAUCCGCCUGGCGCGGAUUGGGCGCGUCCUGCGGCUGAUCCGCGGGGCCAAGGGCAUCCGGACGCUGCUGUUCGCCCUCAUGAUGUCGCUGCCCGCCCUCUUCAACAUCGGCCUCCUCCUCUUCCUGGUCAUGUUCAUCUACUCCAUCUUCGGCAUGUCCAACUUUGCCUACGUCAAGAAGGAGUCGGGCAUCGAUGACAUGUUCAACUUUGAGACCUUCGGCAACAGCAUCAUCUGCCUCUUCGAGAUCACCACGUCCGCCGGCUGGGACGGGCUCCUCAACCCCAUCCUCAACAGCGGGCCCCCCGACUGCGACCCCACCCUGGAGAACCCGGGCACCAGCAUCAAGGGCGACUGCGGCAACCCCUCCAUCGGCAUCUGCUUCUUCUGCAGCUACAUCAUCAUCUCCUUCCUCAUCGUGGUCAACAUGUACAUCGCCAUCAUCCUGGAGAACUUCAACGUGGCCACUGAGGAGAGCAGUGAGCCCCUGAGCGAGGACGACUUCGAGAUGUUCUAUGAGACGUGGGAGAAGUUCGACCCCGACGCCACCCAGUUCAUCGCCUACAGCGUCCUCUCUGACUUCGUGGACACCCUGCAGGAGCCGCUGAGGAUCGCCAAGCCCAACAAGAUCAAGCUCAUCACGCUGGACCUGCCCAUGGUGCCGGGGGACAAGAUCCACUGCCUGGACAUCCUCUUCGCUCUGACCAAGGAGGUCCUGGGUGACUCUGGGGAAAUGGACACCCUCAAGCAGACCAUGGAGGAGAAGUUCAUGGCGGCCAACCCCUCCAAGGUCUCCUACGAGCCCAUCACCACCACGCUGAAGAGGAAGCAGGAGGAGGUGUGCGCCAUCAAGAUCCAGAGGGCCUACCGCCGCCACCUGCUGCAGCGCUCCGUGAAGCAGGCGUCCUACAUGUACCGCCACGGCCAGGACGGCAACGGUGACGGGGCCCCUGAGAAGGAGGGGCUGAUCGCGGACGCCAUGGGCAAGAUGUACGGCCGGGAGAACGGGAACAGUGGCGUGCACAGCGAUGGGGAGAAGGGCUCGGCGGGGGACUCUGUACCUGCCUUGGGGCUCACGCCGGUCAGCCCCUCAGACGCCACCCUGCCUCCCUCCCCACCACCGGGGCAGACGGUGCGCCCAGGGGUCAAGGAGUCCCUCGUCUAGCAGGCGGUGUCAAGAUGGCCAGCUGAGCCUUGGCACAGCCCCGAAGCCCCCUGGGGUGCCUGCCGUUGCAUGAGGGAGCAUGGCCUUGAGUCUGAGACUGCGUCCUGCUCCCUUGUGGGGGACAGGAUUUGGCCACACUGGGGCCAGGGGACAUGGGGACGCGCCCAGGGGCUCCGUGCUGGGCCUGAGGCCUCUGCCUCCGUGUUUCACCUCAAGUUGCUCUCACCUGCUCACGGGCCCUGCCGCCCUGCCUUUGGCCUGAGGGAGGUGAGAACAUCAGGAUCUCUGCCCCCACUUGGGGAGGAGCGGGCCUGCGAGGGGGGAGUUGGCUGCCCUCCUGUCACCGGAGUCUUAGGGCUACUGGCCUCUCCCCAGGAAGUGACUCCGGCCCCUC